AUGGAGAAAGUUGGCGAUACAGUUGUGGAUAUGGAAAGUCUUGCACAAUCACCUGACGAAUGCUGCUCUGGAAGUCCAAAGACACCAAAGGCCCUCUCUCGCAAGAGUUCAAUGCGCCCAGAAAGACAUAAUGGUGAGGAGCUAGAAGUAGAUGAAACAUUGAAAAGGCUUCUUGUGAAAGUUGUACCUGCUCAGGUGGAGCAACUGAAACAACCCCUCGUGCCCUUCAAAACCCUCCAUGCUGUGCAAUCUGUACCUAAUAGCCCUGAUCCCCCAGAUUCUGGAGAAGGAAAGAACAAAAGAUUAAAUCGCUUAACCUUCAUCCAUCCACGAAAGAUUCUUCUAUUCUUUGCAACCUUAUAA